AUGGCCAAUUUCGCACGGCCUGUGGCCUCCUCCAUCGCUGGAGUCGACUUCGGCGUCUAUACCGAUGAAGACGUCAAAGCUAUCUCUGUAAAGCGAAUCCACAACACCCCGACGUUGGAUUCCUUCAACAAUCCCGUUCCGGGUGGUCUGUAUGAUCCGGCUCUGGGUGCUUGGGGUGAUCAUGUCGCAUUAUAUGCAAUCGUUGGAGAAGGUUUCCAGGUCCGGACCCGAUUACUGACAUCUCUAAGCUGCACGACUUGUCGCCUGAACGCCUGGUCUUGUACUGGACAUUCUGGACACAUCGAGCUCCCGGUUCAUGUUUACAAUCUCACGCAUUUCGACCAAAUGUAUCGUCUCCUUCGCGCGCAAUGUGUAUAUUGCCACCGGUUUCAAAUGUCCCGGACACAGAUCAAUGCCUACGAAUGCAAGUUGCGACUCUUACAAUAUGGUCUAGUCGAUGAACUCGUCGAGCUUGACCAGAUUGGAUCGGGGAAAGAUACCAAGAAGUCUCGGAAAGGUGCAGAUGGCUCCGGUAGCGAGGACGAGGACAUGGACGACGAAGAUAUCAUCGCGCGCAGGAAUGUCUUUGUUAAGAAGAGUAUUCGCGAAGCCCAGGCGGCUGGUAAGCUGCAAGGCGUGUUGUCUGGUGCGAAGAACCCCUUGGCCGCAGAGCAGAGACGGGCUGUGAUUGGAGAAUUUUUCAAGGCCAUCGUCGCUAUCAAGAAAUGUGCCAACUGCAGCGGCAUAUCUCCAGGAUACCGAAGAGAUCGUUUCUCUAAAAUUUUUCGAAAGCCUCUGCCAGAAAAGUCUCGCCUUGCUAUGGUCCAGGCCGGCUUCCAGGCGCCGAACUCGUUGAUUCUCCUCCAACAGGCGAAGAGGCUGAAUUCUAAGGACAAGGGGGCGGCUGCGAAUGACACUGCCACGCAUGGAGCGGAGGAAGAGGUUGCUCGGGGAAAUGCUGUUGUCACGCAAGCCGAGAACAAGAAGCAGGUGGCCGAGGGUGGUCAAUACAUGCCUUCCCCUGAGGUUCAUGCCGCGAUUACGUUGCUGUUCGAGAAGGAGAGCAAUAUCCUGACUCUCGUCUACAACUCUCGCCCGCUGCCGAAGAAAGAAUCCCGAGUCAGUGCAGACAUGUUCUUUAUCAAGAGCAUCCUGGUCCCACCUAACAAGUAUCGCCCUGCGGCUAUCCAAGGAGCCGGGGAAAUCAUGGAAGCCCAGCAAAACACGCCCUUGACUCAGAUCCUGAAGAACUGCGACAUCAUCAACCAGAUUAGCAAAGAGAGGCAGAAUGGCGGCUCCGAUUCGAUCACUCGUGUGCGGGACUACCGCGACCUUCUCCACGCAAUUGUGCAACUUCAGGAUACUGUCAAUGGUCUGAUUGACCGUGACAGGAGUGGCCUUUCCGGAGCCGCGGUUGCUGGUGCCGCUAACGGUAUCAAGCAGAUUCUGGAAAAGAAAGAGGGUCUGUUCCGAAAGAACAUGAUGGGUAAACGUGUGAACUUCGCUGCCCGCAGUGUCAUCUCGCCCGACCCCAACAUUGAGACCAACGAGAUCGGUGUUCCACUUGUGUUUGCGAAGAAGUUGACAUACCCCGAGCCGGUUACUAACCACAACUUCUGGGAGAUGAAGCAAGCGGUCAUCAAUGGUCCCGACAAAUACCCUGGUGCUGCAGCCAUCGAGAACGAGCUGGGCCAGGUCACCAACCUCAAGUUCAAGAGCCUGGAUGAGCGCACGGCUCUGGCCAACCAGCUGCUGGCGCCCUCGAACUGGCGAAUGAAGGGGUCGCGCAAUAAGAAAGUCUACCGUCACCUCACCACUGGUGAUGUGGUCUUGAUGAACCGUCAGCCUACGCUCCACAAGCCGUCCAUCAUGGGUCACAAAGCUCGCGUGCUUUCUAACGAGAGAGUCAUUCGAAUGCACUACGCCAACUGUAACACGUACAACGCAGACUUCGACGGUGAUGAAAUGAACAUGCAUUUCCCUCAAAACGAACUGGCUCGUGCGGAAGCGAUGAUGCUUGCAGACGCAGACCAUCAGUAUCUUGUUGCAACAUCAGGAAAGCCCUUGAGAGGUCUGAUCCAAGAUCAUAUUUCCAUGGGAACGUGGUUCACCUGCCGUGACAGCUUUUUCGACGAGGAAGAUUAUCAUGAAUUGCUAUAUAGUUGCCUGAGACCCGAGAACGCGCAUACAAUCUCUGACCGCAUUCAACUUGUGGGGCCGACUGUCAUCAAGCCGAAGCGCCUCUGGACCGGAAAACAGAUCAUUACGACGAUCUUGAAGAACAUCAUGCCCUCAGAAAGAGCCGGACUUAAUUUGAAGAGCAAAUCUUCGACCCCUGGCGAUCGGUGGGGCAAAGGAAACGAGGAAGGCGAUGUGAUAUUCAAGGAUGGUGAGAUGCUCUGUGGUAUUCUCGACAAGAAGCAGAUUGGACCUACUGCUGGUGGUCUUAUUGAUUCCAUUCACGAGAUUUAUGGCCACACCAUCGCCGGAAAGUUGAUUGGUAUUCUUGGGAGACUUUUGACGAGGUUUCUGAACAUGCGCGCCUUUACUUGCGGUAUCGAUGAUCUUCGGUUGACCAAGGAAGGUGACCGCGUACGUAAAGAGAAACUCAGCCAGGCUCCCAAGAUCGGACGUGAGGUUGCCCUGAAAUACGUGACACUCGACCAAACAACUGUGCCGGAUCUGGACGCAGAACUCCGCCGGCGUAUGGAGGAAGUCCUCCGUGACGACGAGAAACAGAGCGGAUUGGAUAGCGUUACUAACUCUCAAACUGCUAAGCUCUCCACCGAAAUCACGAAGGCCUGUCUUCCCGGCGGUUUGGUUAAGCCUUUCCCGUGGAACCAAAUGCAGUCGAUGACCAUCUCCGGUGCCAAGGGUUCAAGCGUCAACGCCAACCUGAUUUCUUGCAACCUCGGUCAACAGGUUUUGGAAGGUCGUCGUGUACCUGUCAUGAUCAGUGGUAAGACACUGCCGUCGUUCAGAGCUUUUGACACGAAUCCCAUGGCUGGUGGUUAUGUGUCUGGUCGUUUCUUGACGGGUAUCAAGCCUCAAGAAUACUAUUUCCACGCCAUGGCUGGUCGUGAAGGUCUUAUCGAUACCGCCGUCAAGACUUCGAGAUCCGGAUAUCUGCAACGUUGUUUGAUCAAGGGCAUGGAAGGGUUGAGAGCCGAAUACGAUACUUCCGUCCGCGAAGCUUCCGAUGGCUCCAUCAUUCAAUUCUUGUACGGAGAAGAUGGUCUCGAUAUUACGAAGCAGGUCCAGCUCAAGCGAUUCGAUUUCCUGGCGUCGAACCACAAGUCUAUCAUGUCCCAGGUCAACUUAAGGAGUGACUACCACAAUCUCGAGAAGGAGGAGGUUGCGAACUGGCACAAGGAUGCCAUGAAGAAGGUGCGCAAGUCGGGCAAGGUUGAUGCUAUGGAUCCUGUGCUGGCCCAUUAUCACCCUGGUGGCAACCUCGGCAGUGUAUCUGAGGCAUUUUCGCAAGCGCUCAAGAAGUAUGAGGAUGAGAAUAAGGACGGUUACCUGAAAGACAAGAAGAAGGGUGUCGAUGGUUUCCUCAGUAAGAAGGCCUUCGAUACGCUGAUGAACAUGAAGUACUUGAAGUCUGUUGUGGACCCUGGUGAAGCUGUCGGUAUUGUGGCCAGUCAGUCCAUUGGUGAACCUUCUACCCAGAUGACCCUGAACACUUUCCAUUUGGCUGGUCACUCCGCAAAGAACGUGACGCUUGGUAUUCCUCGUCUACGUGAAAUCGUGAUGACUGCCAGCGCUAAUAUCAUGACCCCGACGAUGACUUUGGUCUUGAACGAGGAGCUGUCCAAGGAGCACUCCGAGAGGUUCGCUAAGGCUAUCAGCAAGCUGAGCAUUGCAGAGGUUGUGGACAAGGUCCAGAUUCGGGAGAGAAUCUCUUCAGGGAGCACCAAGGCUAAGAUUUACGACAUCGAAGUCACCUUCUUCCCGGCCGACGAGUAUUGCGCAGAGUAUGCCAUCAAGGUCAAGGAUGUGCAGAACACUCUUCAGAACAAGUUUAUUCCCAAGCUUGUGAAGCUCACGAGAGCCGAGCUGAAGAAGCGUCAGGAUGAGAAGGCGCUGAAGAGCUACUCGACCGCUCAGCCUGAGAUUGGUGUCUCUGUUGGUACUGUUCAGGAAGCCCCUCGGGCCCCUGAGGGAGCCAACGACCCUGCCGACGAUGAUGAUGAAGAGGAUGAGGAUGACGCUAAACGCGCCAGAGGAGCCCAGAACCGGUCCAAUCAAGUAUCGUACGAAGGACCCGAAGAAGAAGAGAUGGAGAUGGUUCAACAGCAGGAUGCUCCUGAGGAUGACGAUGAAGACGAGGCUCCGAAACAGCAGCGCGACGUCGAAAUGGAAGAUGCUUCUGAUGAUGACUCGGACGAAGAGACCAAGGACACCAAGCUGCGCGAGGAGGAUAUCCGGAACAAGUUCCACGAGGUCACUCAAUUCAAGUUUGACCCCAAGAAGGGCAACUCGUGCACAGUGCAACUGCAGUACGAUAUCGCCACCCCCAAGCUCCUUGUCCUUCCCUUGGUCGAAACCGCCGCUCGUGCCGCUGUCAUCCAGUCUAUCCCUGGACUUGGCAACUGUACCUAUGUGGAAGCGGAUGAAGCCAAGGGUGAGCCUGCGCAUGUCAUCACGGAAGGUGUCAACUUGCUCGCCAUGCGUGACUACCAGGACAUCAUCAAGCCUCACUCCCUCUACACGAACUCCAUCCACCACAUGCUUCAGUUCUACGGUGUUGAAGCCGCGCGCGCGUCUAUCGUGCGGGAAAUGUCCGACGUUUUCGAGGGUCACAGUAUCUCCGUCGACAAUCGCCACCUGAAUCUGAUCGGUGAUGUGAUGACGCAGUCUGGUGGCUUCCGUGCCUUCAACCGCAAUGGUCUCGUUAAGGAUGGCACGUCGCCAUUCGCUAAGAUGAGUUUCGAGACCACGGUGGGAUUCCUUAAGGAGGCGGUCAUUGAGCGGGACUUCGAUAACCUCCGGAGCCCCAGUAGCCGAAUCGUCGUCGGUCGUCCUGGAAUUGUUGGUACUGGUGCUUUCGACGUUCUUGCCCCUGUGGCUUAA